AUGUGGCAAGGGCCAACCCUUUUAACAACUGAAGAGCAGCGCAAGCGGAAGAUGAGGACUCUUAAACUUCAGCUCGACUACGUUCUGGCAAGGAACAUUUAUCAGUCAGAUACCCGAAAAUCUAGAGCUGUUUGGGACGUCGCAUUCGACUCCGACCACCAUCCAGUUCUUCUCAGCUUCAACAAGAGAAACCGAGGAGUUCCCCUCCAACCAAAAAUAGACAUAGCAGGUCUGAAAGACGAAGAAUGCAGAACGAAAUUCCGCCAACGUGUGUCCAUUCAUGUUGGGGUACGGACAAGGAAGAAUCUCAGCGAUGCGGAUUGCUUCACAAAGUGCAUCCAGGACGCUGCAAGGGAAAGGCUCCCGGCUCUAUUGCCGUGGAAGAAGCUUGUCUUUGCAUCUGCGGAAACAAAUCCUACGUACAAUUCUGUAUGUGUCGUGCGCAGCGCUGGUGACUUCAACCAAGAAAAGCGUCUUAGAAGGAAGCUGCGCCGUCAACUGCAACAAGACCGCGAUAACGGGUGGACGUCAAGAGCGAUGGAGUUUGAGAAGGCGUGGGAGGAUAGGAAUCCGCGGAAAGCCUAUGCUCUACUAAAACAGUGUAGCGGCAAAAUGAAAAUAUGUCCUGUAAUAUAUCCUGUCCUCAACACUGCCAAUGGAGUAGCUGUCGGUGAAGCAACCUUUCCAAUUUGGAGAGAACACUUCAAGACCUUGCUGAACUGGCUAGUACCGUCAGCUCCUGAACUCGAACACGUUCAUAGGCCGACAUAUGCGGUUAACAAGGAACCACCGACCAAGUCGGAGAUUUUAGUCCGUAGUCAAAAAAAUGAAGAAUGGAAAAUCUGGUAG